UCGCUCUUAGACAUUUUCAAGAGAACGGUAACGCAAGAAGAAGUUUAUCAAAAAUUGCGUUUGCGCAAGUUGAAGCCAACAGAGCCGUGUAUUGCCUAUAUAGUAGCAAUGCAAACUAUUGCAGCAGAAGGCGAAAUCAACGAGCAAGAACUGGUUGACAUUAUAAUAGACGGAAUGGAAGAUAAAACCAACAACAUAUCCAUUCUAUACGGAUCAAACUCAUUACAAGAAUUGAUGCAUGGAAUAGAUAGAUACGAGAAACGCAGGUCAAAAACAGUCAGUACUCAUAAAGAAGGCCGUGACAAUACUAAAGGCAUACGAUGUUUCAAUUGCUCUCAAUUUGGACAUAUGAAGAACACCUGCAAUAAGCCUCGACGUCCACCGGGAUCUUGUUUCCAUUGUUUCCAAAUGGGACAUUUUUACAAGGAUUGUCCUAAAAGGAUGAAUGUUACUGCUCCCAUAUUUUGUAGUAAUGGUAUUGUAGACACAACACAAAUGCUCAAUUAGUUUGGUUAAGAUGUCUUUAUUACCGACUGGUGUGAUACGUUCGAAGAAUUUAAUACCAACUUCGUAUGUUGGAGUUGGCAAUUCCCCUUUGAAAAUAUAUGGAAAUAUUUCUUGUUUAAUAAAAUUUAAAAA